AUGACUAAAUGUGAAUGCAAGGUUAUAGUUAUCAUUACAGUCAUUGCUGAUGGUGUGAACAGGUGUCUUGUGUAUUUUGCAAGUGUAUUAAUUGAAAUGAUUGUUGGUCAGGCCGGGACGUCCAGCUCAGAGAUGUUGAUCAGUAACACACAGCUGAGACACGCGGGACGUUACAGCUGUACAGCGCAGACGCCGGUGGACAACGUCACGGUCUCCGCGGAGCUGGUGGUCAGAGGUCCCCCAGGUCCUCCUGGAGGUGUGCGUGUGGACGAGGUGAUGACCAGCAGCGUGAGG